UCUGUUUUUAUUGUAUAAUAGAUGUAGAUAAUUUGAGAUCAUCACCAGGAAGAGGUCACGAAAGAUCAAAAUCUGACGGAACUGAAAAAUUUACGGAUAGUGUGGUGACUAAAAGUAGUACUAAGAAUGGAGAUGAAGAAUCCGGAAGUCUACGUCCAGAAAAGAAGGAGCGUACAGUGAAAACAAUCCUUAGUCAGUGGCUGUCCAGUCCUGGUGCAGCAUUAAUUCAGAGCCCAUUUCCCCCUUCAGAACAUUACCUAUCCACAUGUUCAGGAAAGGUGCCGAUAAUUGUUUACGAUCAAGAUGUUGGUUCCAUUAUUGCUUUUACCCUCUCAUCACAUGAAUACGAAAAACAACUGCAGGAAGUUAAGAUGAAUAUUUCUGUUGUUACUGCUUCACGGGAAUCUCACCCAUCAAGUCCAACACUUAGAAAAAACCAACAGACCAAAGACAGUGAAGGUCAUUCUGCUUCCUUAGACCAAACAUUAACAGCUGCAGACACAUAUCCUGUGGACUUUUCAGAUAUUACUCUGUGUAACAGUCAAGAAGUUGAGAAAUCCAGUGGAAAGAUAGGUAAUAAAGGGCCAAACUUACACAUUGAGGUUCAGUUUAGUGAUGCUACCACUCGUUUCUACUGUCGUGUGUAUUUUGCUGAACAGUUUCGAAAGCUACGGCGGCUGAUAUUUCCUGAUGGUGAAGAGUGUUAUGUACGAUCACUAGCUCGAUGUGUGCAGUGGGUUGCUCGAGGUGGAAAGUCGGGAUCUUCAUUCUCCAAAACACAUGAUGACAGGUUUGUGUUGAAACAAAUGUCAAGGUUUGAAGUGCAGUCUUUUCUCGAUUUUGCUCCACAUUAUUUCCAAUAUAUAACCAAGGCUUGCAGUGAACAAAAACCAACAGUUUUAGCCAAGAUAGUAGGUGCAUACAAGAUUGUUUACAAGAACUCAUCUACUAACACUGCAGCUAAGCUUGACCUUCUUGUCAUGGAGAACCUUUUCUAUGGGAGAACAGUUAGUCAGAAAUUUGAUUUGAAAGGGUCGGUUCGAAACAGGAUGGUCAACACUACUAGUCAACAGGAAGAAGACUUGGUACUUCUUGAUGAAAACCUCUUGAAAAUGUUAUGUGAUAACCCAUUCAACAUUCGUCCUCACUCCAAAACUGUGCUAACACUAGCGAUUGACAAUGAUGCUCAUUUUUUGGCAAGCCAUUCUGUGAUGGAUUACUCACUCCUCGUUGGGUUGGAUGAUGAAAAAAAAGAAAUGGUAGUAGGAAUAAUUGAUUACAUUCGAACUUUCACCUGGGAUAAAAAAAUUGAAAUGGUAGUCAAGUCUACAGGCAUUCUCGGUGGUCACGGAAAGCUUCCCACUGUAGUGUCACCUGAAUUAUAUCGAAUGAGGUUUUGUGAAGCUAUGGACGGGUACUUCCUCUGGGUUCCGGAUCGGUGGAGUGGGCUUGGUAAAGGUGUAGAUUGUUGAUCGGCAUUAACGGCACAAUGAACUGAAGAUCCAACAUUUCAAUGUAUUCCUUAACUGUAAUUAUUAUAGAGAACUGUAAAUCAGUUUUUUUUUUUUUCAUCUUAGCCUCCUGGUUUAUGAAAUUGUAACUUACAAAUACUUUUUUUUUUCAUUUUCUUUUGAAAAGUGUAUACCCAUAAAUAUUAUCAUAACAUUCUACAUGAUCAAAUUAUUAUAGCUAAGCAUUCUAAGUAACAUUGUGACUACAGAAAAGCACAUUUGAAGAAGUGAAGUGUCUAAAAUGUAGAAAUGUCCUGCUUAAAUUCAAGUUUACGUGCAAUUUUUACUGUGUUUUAUUACUUAGUAUUCACCAAACAAUUGAUGUACACCAAUCACAGCUGAUCUAUUUAUUUAGUUGUUUUUUUUCACCUCAUUUAUUUUUUGUUUUUCUAUUCCAUUGCAGAAAAAAUGUUAAAAAACCUUGGGAAUGUAAUGUUAGCAGUGUAUAAAAAAUUAUGCAUGGUGUAGUAUUAGUUAUUAUUUAUUGGGGAGGUUAUAUAAUGAAAUAUGGAAAAUUUAUUAUUAUUAUAUAUUAGAUUAUUAGCUUUAUGAGUUAUGUGAUUUUCAGUCCUCAAUCAUAAGUACAGUAAGGUACAUUUAGAAUAAACACCAUGUUUAUCAAAAAAAAACUUUGUAAAGUGUAGCCUUGUACUAGUCUUCGCAUUCCUUUCUACCUACAUUUUGUUUGUAUGACUAAAAAAAAAAGUAUUAAAAAGAAAAAUAUUUUCUGAUUAAUAUUACCUUCAACUUUUUUAUGAACAAAUUUUUCUGUUACCUGUGUUUGACUUUUUUUUUUUUUAGUUUAUCAAUAUUAAAUCAGUAGUAUCUGUAACAUAUUAGAAAAAACUUAGGACUAUCACUUGACAGGAAUGUUUGAUAUGUUCAAGUAUACCAGUUGAUUUUUCUUGCUUUUGGAAAAUAUUAAUAUUGUGAAAUGUAAUCUUACUGAUGAAGAAAAUUGAUUUAUGUUUGAAAUUUUAAUUUUGUGCAGUUUUAAAUUUGAAAAAGGGAUAUUAAAUGUUCACUGUUGAAAGCUGGUAGUUUAAACUGAAAAUUGUAAGGCAUCCGGAGAUCACCUUUGUCAGAACUUCUUUGUUUAAAAGUUCCCAAGCAACCUUUGUAUAUUAAAAAAUAAAUGUGAAGCCCAGUCUGUCAUUCAGUUUACCACUUGUCACUGAGUUAUACUAGUUUUGGUGAAUUACACCUGUCAUCAGUAACCUGGACAAGAGGAAUUCAAAACAGUCAGACUAGGCUUCAUAUAACAUUGGUGUGUAUUUUAUAUGUAUGGUGUUUUGAGAUGUCUUUUACUCCCAUAAUAAUCCUAUAUCUGUAUAGUAAUUUCAAGAAAAUGCAUCACUGAGGUUACUAAAUUAUUUGUGUGAAUUAUUUAGCCAAUGAGCUGUUUAAAUGCUAAAAA